AUGGCAGAGAAUGAGGUACAUUUAUUUGAUGUGGAAAAGGAAAAUCAAUCACUUUUAGACACUUUUGAAAAAGUACAAAGUUUCGUUGAACAAGAAAUCAUUGAAGGAAAUAAUAAUGGAGAGUGUAGAAAAGAUUGUUUUGUUAAUGUUAAACAUAAUUUAAGAUCUAAAAUCAACGAUAGUGAUGAAGAAAGUGACGAUUCUGAUCCUGGAGAUGAAAGUGAAAAAACUUCAUGCAAUAUUAAGAAAGAAAUAAGGGAUAGUGACUUUUCUGAAGAAGAUUAUACAAAUUCCUCACAUUAUGAAGAUGAAGUCAUGUUUGAGACGAAAAUAGAAGUGGAAUAUCAUGGGGUUGAAUAUGGUAAUAAAGAUAAAUCAGGGGAUGCCAAUGAAUUUAUAAAAAAAGAAAACAUAGAGAAUACCAGCCCUUCCAGAAAAAGUGAAAUAAUAAAAGGUGACAAAUCCAAUGGCGUUAAAAACCGUUGUCCGCAGUGCCUAAAAGAGUUCACAAGAAAAGCUAAUUUAAAACAUCACCUUAAAAGCCAACAUGGCGACCCCUUGCAAAGAAAAAAAUACAAAUGUCCACAGUGCCCAAAAGCUUACACAGAAGCUCGUUAUUUAAAAAAACACGUGUCACGUUGUAAUAUAAAAUACAAUGGUUUUGAACACACGUGUCCACAUUGCCCGAAAGUGUACAUAAAUAAACAUCAAUUUAAACAGCAUGUAGAAAGCCAACAUGGCGAUCCCUCGCAUAGAAAAAAGUACAAAUGUCCACAAUGCGACGUAAUGUUUUCUAGUAUAUUUAGUAAGAGCAGGCAUGUUCAAAUACAACACUCAUUGUGUGCUAAAUACAGUUGUCUGCAUUGCCCAAAAGCUUUCACAAGGAGUGAACAUUUAAAAAGCCACGUUCGAAUUAAACAUGGCGAUCCUUUGGAACGAAAAAAAUACAAAUGUCCACAUUGCCCAAAAGCUUACACAUAUAAUCAUAAUUUAAAAAAACACGUUCAACGUUGUCACAAAUUAAUUUGUUGA